GGGGAGCCGCGAGCGGGGGGUGAGCCUGAAGGCCGCGCGCGACCCCUGGAGCCUUCCCAGCGCUCUCAGUGUCCCCCCCCCCCCAGCCCCACCUCCAGGCGAGUCCGCAGGACCCUGGCCUCUGCUCCUCCUUCGCCUUCUCUUUGCUCCUUCUUGCUUUGUGGCCUUUCUCUCGGUUGCCUGAGACACCCGGGCUGCCCCGAGCCCUGGGGCGCGCGGAGAGGGCCCGCCAAGGGUGCGUGUAAGCGGGGCGGCGGGGCCAGCGCCGAGGGCCGGGGGCCGAGGGUGGGAGCGGGAGCUCCGACGUCGAGGGCUGGAGGAGGGCGUGUGGGGAAGGCCGUCCCGCCCCUUCGAGCCGGGCCCGCGUGCGGGUAGCGAGGCGCCGUCGCGGCGCCCCCAGGCCCCCAGGCGCCCUGCGACCUAGUGUGCGUGCUUGGGAACCCGCCUCCUCGCCGGGGCUGCGAGAGUCUCGGCAGAAAGCAACCACUCGGGCCGCCCAGCCCAGCCGCCGCGCUCUCCGAGGCAUUCGGCGCCAGCCUGGCCUCGGUUCGCCAAGUCGGGCGAGUUUGAAGAGGAACGAACGUCUCAGUUUUCACUGCCCCCCGCCCCCUCCCUCGCAGCGGGGCUGCCGCAGAGCCCCCGACGCCCGACCUCAGCCUCGGGAGCACCGCUCUCCGGCGCGGCAGCCGGGUGGGGAGGCUUGGCCCCUAAACUCGCUCGUCCAGCCCGACCGCCCCGGCGGCUUCUCCCUGCCCUCGGGGCCGUCCUGAGCGGCCCGGGGAGGCGUCGAGCGCAGCCCCAGCUCCCGCCUCCUCGCCCGCCCUGGCACUGGAAGGGAGCUUUGGGCCCGUGCGGAUCCGGGGUGCCCCCUCGGCCUAGGACAGGCAGCUCCGGGGGCCUGGUCCACCCGGCAGCCCCCGGGAGGCCGCGGGGACGGGGCAGAGCGCGCGCCCUUGGAUGAGGUCCCGCAGCGACGCCCCGGCCCGCCCCGCUCCUCCUCCUGCCCGGCCAAGCUGCCUCCCAUUUGGGGAGUUUCGUGGGUUUUCUUUCUCCUCCUCCAACCUCUGCGGAGGCCACGACUCAGGCGCCGCAGCAGGGGGCCGCCUCCAUGGUGCGGGGCAGCCGCUGCUGAAGUCAGCGAAACCGAGCCUGGCCUGGAGCUGGCCGCGCGGAAGGCCAAGGCCAUGGCCAUAGCCACGUCGGCCCAGCUGGCCCGGGCACUGUACGACAACACCGCCGAGUCCCCCCAGGAACUGUCCUUCCGCCGAGGGGACGUUCUACGGGUACUGCAGAGGGAAGGCGCUGGUGGGCUGGACGGCUGGUGCCUCUGCUCCCUGCAUGGCCAGCAGGGCAUUGUGCCUGCCAACAGAGUGAAGCUCCUUCCCACUGGCCCGGCACCCAAGCCUGGCCUCUCCCAGGUGCCGCCAGCCCAGCCUGGCUCACCACAUCCAGCCCCAGAGCACGGCAAUGAGGACCAGGAGGUGUAUGUGGUGCCACCCCCAGCUCGGCCCUGUCCUACCUCGGGACCUCUGGCUGGACCCUGUCCGCCCUCCCCUGAUCCCAUCUACAAGGUCCCCAGAGGCAGUGGGACCCAACAGGCUGCCCCUGGAGAUGCCCUGGAGGUCUAUGACGUACCCCCCACCGCCCUCCGAGUUCCCUCCAAUGGCCCCUAUGACUCCCCGGCCUCCUUCUCCCGCCCUCUGGCCUGGGUUGUCCCCCAGUCCCCUGGAGAAGAUGAAGCUCCCUAUGACGUGCCUCUGGCCCCGAAGCCACAGUCAGACCUGGAGCCAGAUCUGGACUGGGAGGGGGGCCGGGAGCCAGGGCCCCCCCUCUACGCUGCCCCCUCCAACCUGAAACGAGCAUCCGCCCUGCUCAAUCUGUACGAAGCACCAGAGGAACUGCUGGCAGACGGGGAAAGCAGGGGCACUGACGAGGGCAUCUACGACGUCCCCCUGCUGGGGCCGGAGACUCCCCCUUCUCCAGAGCCCCUGGCAGCCUCGGCUUCCAAUGACCUGGACGCCCUGGCCCUGCUUCUGGCCAGAAGCCCCCCACCCGCACACAGGCCCCGCUUGCCCUCAGCUGAGAGUCUGUCCCGCCGCCCUCUGCCGGCCCUGCCUGUCCCGGAGGCCCCCAGCCCUUCCCCGGCUCCCUCUCCUGCUCCAGGCCGGAAGGGCAGCAUCCAGGACCGGCCUCUGCCCCCACCCCCACCCCGCCUGCCGGGCUACGGGGGCCCCAAGGUCGAGGGGGAUCCAGAGAUCGGGGAGGUGGAGGACCAUCUAGAAGGACACCACAAUGAGUAUGAGGGCAUCCCGAUGGCCGAGGAGUAUGACUACGUCCACCUGAAGGGCAUGGAUAAAGCUCAGGGAGCCAGGGCCCGGGAUAAGGCCUCCCCAGGGGAUCCUGAGCUGCUGGAGAGGGGGCCACCAGAGCAGCAGGAGGCCCCGUCCCCAGGGGAGCCACUGGUUCUUCCCGCCGGAGAUCUACAGCUCCUGCACUUCUACGCCGGGCAGUGCCAGGGCCACUACUCAACACUGCAGGCAGCCGUGGCGGCCCUGAUGUCCAGCACCCGGGCCAACGAGCCCCCGCGCCUCUUCGUGCCCCACGGCAAGCAGGUGCUGGUGGCCGCUCACCGCCUGGUGUUUGUUGGGGACACCCUGGGCCGCCUGGCAGUCUCCACUCCUCUGCGAACACAGGUCGGAGCUGCAGGCACAGCGCUGGGCCAGGCAUUGCGGGCCACGGUGCUGGCCGUCAAGGGGGCCGCCCUGGGCUACCCAUCCGGCCCUGCGGCCCAAGAGAUGGUGCAGUGUGUGGCGGAGCUGGCAGGGCGGGCCCUGCAAUUUACCACCCUGCUCACCAGCCUGGCCCCCUGAGCCCCUUGGCCCUGCUCUGCCCUCGCCUGCCUGCCAGAGCCCCCUCCAUGCCUUGGGUGGCUGGAGGGCUCUGUUUUAGGGACUAGGAGAGGUGGAGGCAUCUCUCCCCCUCCCCCCGCUUCCAGUCAUCUCAGCCUCUCACGGAGGCACCUCCUCCCCUACCCCGCAGCUUUUUGUACGAGCCAUUUUGUAUAAAUUAUUUAUAUUUAAUAUUAUUCCCUGCUUUGUCAGGGGCAGGUGCCAGGCCCUCCAGGGCAAGGAGGAACUGGACCUUCCUCCUCCCUCAGCCUGGCGUGGAGGUUCUUGGGCACCGCGUGGCCGCCUGCCUCUGGGAUUUCGGCCCCACAGAGGUUCAGGUAGCUGAAACCUGAAUCAUUUUCAGAUUCUGGGGGAAGGGGCCACCCGGAGCCCCUUCCCUGUCCUGUGUCUUGGCUCUAGAACAUCAGUGCCUCACUGUUAGCUGAGAGUGAGGGCAGGACGUUGGCCACCCAGAAUGGGAAGGUCUGGGAGAGGCCAGAGGGCUCCUCCCCACAGGAGGCAGGAGAGCUGGGCCUUGGGCGCUGGUGCAUCUCAAUAAACCAGGCUGUCUGGUUCCUUGACUCUGCUUCUUGGGAGCCUGGGGACUGGGCCUGGCACCCUUGGCCAAAACGAUGAGACACACGCUGUGGGCAGGCUGCCUUUAGGGUUUUGGGGAAAAUUUUGCUGUAUCUUCAACAACUAUUCAUCUGGCAGGUUCUCAGCUCCCAUGUGAUGUGCCAGGCGCAGUUUUGAAGGUACAUCAUGGGGGUGGGCUGGAUAUAAACGAGUCAGCUAAAAGAAGUAAGUAAAGAAAGAAACCUGCCACAAAGUUGACAGUUGCUGGUAAUGGAAAUAAACAGGGUGAUAUGCCAGACUAACUAGAUGAGGGGAGAGGCCAUUGGAGACUUUAGACAGCAUUGUUGGGGAGGUGGUAUCUGUGCUGAGACUCGGAGGAUGAGAGAACCAAGAAGAGUCUGCGACGCGGCAUACCAAGAAGGCAGGCCCUGAUUUCUGGCCAAGGCCUCUCCUCCAAGACCAAUGUCAAAUGAUGUCAUUAGAGAGGUGCACAUGUGGAGAGGGUGGCCACAAGAGAGCCUUCAUGAUGCCAUGCUGAAGAGGUCACCCCAGCUGUCCUCAGCUUUGUGCCAUAGGACAGCUCUGGCCAACUGGAGAGUGCUGCUGGCCUGGGCGCCCUCUCCCUUCAGUUAACCCAAGAAGGUCUAGCCCCUUAAACUCCCCUUUCCAGGCUCCCUGACUGUCCUUCUGGACACACCAUUUUUUAGAGGAGCUGAGGGGCCAGUGAAUUUAAUGCGUUGGAAGUCCAUAGUCCACAGGGCUUUGGUGAAAUUAAUGGGCCAUGGCUUAGAUAGGGGAUCACUCCAGCCAUUUACCACAAGGGAAGUAGUCCAAGCCACAGAUCCAUUGCUUCAGUUGUGCUUUCCCAAGAUGCUACUCUGGCACAGUGACUGGAUUGGAGGCACCCCAAAAUUCAGCCACAGUCUUAGUCCCUUGGCCCCUUUCCCCAUGCAUUUGCCUCCUCCAAUUUGGGUUCUUUGUUCUCAUUUCACUCUCAAAAGGAAACUCAUUUUCAGAUUCUGAGGCCACCAAAAUUUACCCCGGGUGUUGAAGACUUGUAACGGGGGCCAUCCUCCAUCACCUUCCAUAAAGAAUUUCAAGAGAUCAGCCUGGAAUUAGAGUCAGAGGUCUCAGUGCAAGUUUCCAUGUACCUAUAUGUCUGCAGGUAAAUCCCGUCAGUCCCUCCAAGUCCUGGUUUCAUCUUUAAUAUGAGGAUGAGCAAAAUGAUCUCACAGGCUUGUUGUGAGGCCCUAACAAGAUAAUGCAUGUAAAGAGCCCAGCACCACAGAAAGUUAAAGGGAUUGUAAUUCCAGGACAGACACAAGGACACAAACAUACCCCCAAGGAAUGUUGGCUGUGACAGCACCAAAAGUAAAUCCUGAAGAGAUGCUAAAAUGAGUUGGGGGAGGGGAAGUGGUGUGAGGCUGCUUAUUGCAUUAGAAUAGUUUCCCAUAUUUGGAAAAUUUCUGAACAGAGGAGACAAAUUAGAAGUGUCGUUCAGUGGAGACAAGAGGGAAUGGAUUUCCUGGCUGAGACUGAUAGGACAUGCCUUUUCAGCCCUUACCUGGAAUUAGAGAAUAAAGUACCUAUUAGAUAUCAAA